CAGAAAUUGAAAAGGUGCAGAAAAGAAGCUCCAGCAGCUGAAGAAAGAGCUGGGGAGCCACUGGCCUGCAGCUUGAGCCACUGGCCUGCAGCUUGAGCCUUGCUAGGGCCUUGUCUUGAGUUUGUUACUUUCAAUGCUGCACGCUUGCGCAUCUCAGUAGCAUUCUCUCUGGGUUGUCCUCAUAGUAUUUUGGUCCUCGUGUACCUAUAGUUCUGGCGAGUGCUUCCUUUCAACAUGGCUACCAGCAUAAUCUCAGUACAGGCGUCUUUACUUGGUACACAGGGGUCUCUUAUACCUUUGCGUAGUACCACCACUGCCUGUGCAAGGUUUCCGGUUGGCUCAUUGUCGGCAGUGUUGUUAGAGCUUGCAAAUGGUAGCGCGCACCGGUGGGACAAAUCUGGGCAGGCCGCCAGUGGGUGCUCCCGGCAGCAAACAUGGAGGCCCCACCGCAAAAUGCAGUCGCGACGGUGGGUUGGGGCACGGGCAGAGGCAGACACCGAGAGUGCGCCUGAAACCACAACCGAGAGGGGAGCAGAGGAGAAUCAAGGGGCCGACAAGGCGAAAGGUGUGGCGCUGGAUAAAGAGGUGUCCAAGGUGGUGCGCAAGACGGCGGCCACGUUCGCCCCGCGCGCAUCAACCAAGAGCAAGAACCCCGCCACACAAGGCACCGUGCUCUACACCGUCUUUGAGGUGCAGGCAUGGCUGUCCAUUGUGGCCGGUUUCUUGCUGUCGUAUAACCUCAUCUUCCCCUCCGACCGCCCCGACAUUGCGCGCCUGCUAGGGAUGUGGUCCGUCUGGAUGCUUGCGGUGCCGUCGUUGCGAGCGCGGGACUGCUCUGCGCCUGAGAAGGAGGCCCUCAACUAUUUGUUCGUGCUCAUCCCGGUGAUCAACGUGCUCAUCCCCGUGUUUUGGAAGUCGUUUGCGGGCGUCUUCACGGCCGACUGCAUAGCCAUGGUCGCAAUGUACGCCUGGAAGAUGGAGUGGUUCGGCAAAGACGAAGCUGAAGGUACGUAAUGCAACAAGAAGAUCAAAAGUAGAUUCAAGACGUGGGGAAGCCUGCCCUCAAAGCUAAGUCGGAACAGUCUCGAGUUGUUGCCUCAACUGUCGUACGUUGAUAGUGGCAUGCAUUGCAGAACGUUCUGAAGUAGCUGUUGAAUCUUAGCACUUCGUGUUGCUUGGCCGAUUGACUAAUGGCUGAAGUCUUGACACCGUCCAUUAGUGCGUGACAGCGCCACCCGAGUCUUUCAAACAACCCUUUACUGAAUAAGAAAAGUGUGUACAUUUCCGGCAAGCCGCGGCAAGGUGCGCGGCUGCAUGUAAGGACAGGCUGUCGGUAGUCACCAGCUUGUGCUGGCGGCAGUGACUACUCCUUCGCACGCAA